AUGACGACUCGACAGCGGAUCGUUAAAGCUGAUGGCAGCCAACCCACCGACGUCGAAAUGGAGGUCGAGCGAUGCCUCGCCGAAAUCGAGAGGAGCAUUGUGGGCUUGGACUACAAGCGCAAGAAUUUGAAGAUACGCCCGCGCUCACGCACGCUCACCAGCGUGCAGGAUGCCAUGCUGGACGACAUCGUAGCCCCCUCCGAGGUCGUUGGCCGCAGGUGGCGUGUGAGGGCCGACGGGUCGAAGCUCAUGAAGGUUCACCUCGACCCGAAGGACAAGGCGAAGGAUAACCUCGAGGAGAAACUUUGGACGUUCGCUGCUGUGUACAAGCGCCUGACCAAUAAGGACGCCGCUUUCCUCUUCCCUGACCACGUCUACUAA